GUCAUCAAAAGACAUCACACAAUGACAAAGGCAUAUACCACAUUUGAAACUAUAGAACUUACUCCUGAAGAAGUAUUAGAAUGUUCAUAUUCUAAUUGGUCAAAGUUUUUUCCCGCAAAUAUAUACCCUUCAAAGGUGGUAAAGCCUAUCCCAUCUUCAUUUUUAGAAUAUUUAGCAAGUGAAAGUAUUAAGUUACCAGGAAGAGAAGUUCCCUUGGAGGUUAAUAGUGAUAAUGAAUAUAGUGAUUGGGAAGAUGAUGAUGAAGAAGAAGAACAAAAGGUGGUGGAAGUGGACGAACAAGAAGCGUCAUUAGUAAAUUUUCAACAAGAAGUAUCUAAACAUAUGAAUGACUUGGGUGGGGUUGUUACGCCUAAAUUAAACUGGUCGUCUCCAAAAGAUGCCAAGUGGAUACUAGCAGGGAAUACCACCAAAUGUACUUCUAUAGAUGAUAUCUUUUUAUUGUUAAAGUCUUCAGAUCAUAUAGUUGAUGAUCUCGAUUUUCCGUUUCUGGCAGUUGAGAAAAGCACAUCGCUCCCUGAAAUAGAGUAUGAACUAGUACUAAAACAAUGGCAAGAUGUUAAUCCCGCAUUAGAAUUUAGAGUAUUUAUCAAAGAUGAAAAGAUCUUGGGAAUUUCCCAACGAGAUUUAAACCACUAUGAAUAUUUAGAAGGUUUGAAACAAGAGUUGGACCAAAAGAUAUCCGAAUUUGUAUAUGAUAAAGUCAUACCCACUAUAGGAUGUCAUACUACCCUUGAUAAAUACAUUUUAGACGUCUACAUUCCAAGACCGUUUGACAAGGUGUACGUAAUUGAUAUCAACCCGUUCUCGAGAAAAUCUGAUUCUUUGUUAUUUACUUGGAAUGAAUUGUUAACAUUAGAUACCAGUGCCAUUCAUGAUGAUUCAUAUGAGUUUAGAAUUAUAAAUGAAACCAAUUUGGGUGCCUUUGCAAAGAAAGAAUUUAGUGAAUCACAAGUGCCUCUAGAUGUUAUUGAUGCAUCUAUGGAUACCGAAGCUAUGAUUCGAUUAGCGAGAGAAUGGCAAGAUUUGCAAUUGCAAGAUAAUAGAGAUAUAUAGUAAUAGAACACACAUAGAAUACGUUUU